AUGAACUUCCAAGCCCUUAAUAAAAGCCCAAAAGACCAAAUUGUUCUAAUACAGAGUCACACGCCAGAUGCCCGAGUCCAAGUUCCGCAAACCAUUAAGUGGUCAGAAGUUGCCCUGCCAAAAGAAUGGACCUUAGUCACUGAAAGCCAACCAGCUCCCAUACAGCGUAGUCUAAACAAUCUAGACUACAUUCAACAAUAUUUAGACGGCACAGUAAAAAUUAGAUUUGACAAUCAGCCACUAAAGAAGUCUAAUGUCCAGUUGCAACAAUUACCGACCCCUGGUCAAUCCCAGAGGCAUGCCCCUGCUAGGCGCUCUUUUGCAGCCUCAUCUUCCACUCUAGAACGAGACCUAGAGUUAGAAAAAGCCAUGAUUGACUUUAAGCUUGAGUCCCUGAGAAAAUCCUCUCAGGUAAACCAACCUUGUUAUGGCAAGGCACCAGUCCAAGAAGAUAAGUCUGAUUCGCCUGAGUCUCCCACACAGUCUGAUUUCUUAGUUGAUAAUUUUGCAGCAGUUGAUAACCAACUUAGAACCCUUAAUAAGAAAUUUGAAAUUAAUUGGAAACGUUUAAAUUCCCAUCUUAAGUCUCCAGAAAACCAGAACAGACGAGAUAGUUAUCACCAAGCCUAUCCUGAUAGUGAAAGCCGACAAAAAUCUUUACUGAAUGGAAAGAUUAUAUGCGGUCAGCCAAAGUUGAAAUUUUCUACCUUGAUUUUAUUGAAAGCCGUUACUUGA